GUUCCAGAUAUAUUGCCUCACCAAGAACUUGACAUACGUCCAUGUAAAACUGUCCAGCGAUUCCGUGAAUUCACUUUAAAUAAGAAAGUUUUGAAACUUAUUAAAGUAUUAGGCCAAAUAAACAAUGAACUGAUAGUAGGUUUAAUAACCAAAAAUAAUAUGAAGAUGCUUUUAUUAAUGGAUCAACAUGCAAUUCAUGAAAGAAUUAGAUAUGAGCAUUUGCUUUAUGGAUAUGAAUCACAGAUAAGAACCCAAUUGUUUUCCAUCAAAUUAAAAGAUCCUAUAAUCAUACAACUUCCUGCGAGUAGCUGCAAUUUACUCUUAUCUAAUAAUAUGAUAUUAAAAAAGUUUGGUAUAACUUUUAGUGUGAUAGAUAAUAACACAGUAAUGAUACGUGCAGUGCCAGAAUGUUUAAGGAAGAACAAAUACUAUCAUGAUGAAUUAAAACUAAAGUUAAAAGUACAGAAUCUUUUAAACGAAUUAGUACAAAACUUUUCAAGUUAUGAUAGCAAUUAUGCAACCAACAUUUUACCAUCUACCAUUCACAAUGCAAUUGCAAUGGAAGCAUGCCAUGAACAUUAUAUUUACUACCAUCUAAUGAAAAGUAUUUUAGGAGCUAUAAAAUUCGGAGAUUCACUUUCAUUAAAAGAAUGUAAGCGGCUUUUGAAAUUACUAAACAAGACGAAGAUACCUACUCAAUGUGCUCAUGGACGACCAUCCAUAAUACCUCUAUUGGAACUAACAGAUUUAGAAAGACGACAUAUAAAAAUCGUUCGGGUAAGUAAUACAUUUUUCGUAUGCUAUAUAUUAAAUAAAGGGAAACUCAUUUAUAGAUUCAUUCACUUGCAACAAUUUAAAUUCUGUUCUACAUAUUUUUAUCAAAUUUUUCUAUUCUUCUCAGUGAAAUUGCAUAAGUCAGUAUUACAUUAGCUAACAUAUAAUGUAAAAUCUAUUAAAUGUUAUAAAAUGCAGAUUUUAUUUCAA